CAUGAUCAAUGAAAGCGGAAGACAUUUUGUCGGCUUGAUAGCAGUCAAUAGCAAAAUAUAUUAGGGACUUUCAAGCUUAGGUGAUGCAGAAUUAAAUAUAAACUGCACAAAUGGCUCUUAAGAAAGUUAAAGGAACUCUAGAACGAGUUCUAGAUAAAAACCUUCAAGAUCUUGUGAGGGGCAUACGGAAUCACAAGGAAAAUGAGAGUAAAUACAUUGCUGAGUGUAUUGAUGAAAUCAAACAGGAACUAAAGCAAGAAAAUCUGGCAAUAAAAGCCAAUGCAGUCAACAAACUAACUUAUCUUCAAAUGUUAGGUUAUGACAUAAGCUGGGCAGCUUUCAAUAUUAUAGAAGUUAUGAGCUCAACCAAGUUUACUUUUAAGCGUAUAGGAUACCUAGCAGCUGCACAGUCAUUUCAUGAAGAAACAGAUGUACUCAUGCUUACCACUAACAUGAUUCGAAAGGACAUGAGUAGCCAAAAUAUGUAUGACUCUGGUGUUGCAUUGAAUGGGCUCUCUUGUUUUAUAACUGCAGACCUAGCAAGGGAUCUGGCUAAUGACAUCAUGACUUUGAUGACAUCUUCUCGGCCCUACCUAAGAAAAAAAGCUGUUCUAAUUAUGUACAAGGUGUUCCUUCAGUUUCCUGAGGCUUUGAGACCAGCUUUUCCCAGAUUGAAAGAGAAGUUGGAAGACCCUGAUCCAGGUGUACAGUCAGCAGCAGUGAAUGUUAUCUGUGAGCUGGCCAGGAAAAACCCCAAGAACUAUCUAUCUUUGGCUCCACUUUUCUUCAAAUUGAUGACAACUUCAACCAAUAACUGGGUUCUCAUCAAAAUCAUUAAAUUGUUCAGUGCUUUAACACCUUUAGAACCUCGACUGGGCAAGAAAUUAAUUGAACCCCUGACUAAUUUAAUUCACAGCACAUCAGCUAUGUCCUUGCUUUAUGAAUGCAUCAAUACUGUGAUAGCAGUUCUCGUUUCUAUAUCUUCAGGCAUCCCCAACCACACAGCUUCCAUUCAGUUAUGUGUUCAAAAGCUGCGCAUUCUUAUUGAGGACUCUGAUCAAAACUUGAAAUACUUGGGGCUGUUAGCCAUGUCUCGUAUCCUGGCAACACACCCCAAGUCAGUGCAGGGACACAAAGACCUUAUUCUCCAGUGUCUGGAUGAUAGAGAUGAGUCUAUCCGACUUAGGGCUCUAGAUUUGCUGUACGGAAUGGUGUCCAAGAAGAAUCUGAUGGAGAUUGUCAAGAAACUGAUGGUUCACAUGGACAAGGCUGAAGGUUCACAUUACAGGGAUGAACUUUUGUCUAAAACUGUGGAAAUAUGCAGUCAGUCUAAUUACCAAUAUGUCACAAACUUUGAAUGGUAUGUUAGUAUUCUAGUAGAAUUGACAAGAAUGGAGGGUACAAAGCAUGGAAAGCUUAUAGCCAACCAAAUGCUUGAUGUAGCAAUUCGUGUACAAGCCAUCCGCCACUUUGCUGUUUCACAAAUGGCCAUACUGCUGGAGAAUUCCCAUAUCUUGGCCAACAAUUCCCAGAGGAAUGGCAUCUGUGAGGUUCUACAUGCAGCAGCCUGGAUUUGUGGAGAGUUUUCAGAGCAUCUAAACAACCCUAAGGCCACAUUAGAAGCAAUGCUGAAGCCCAAGAUCACAUCUCUCCCUGGCCACAUCCAGUCCAUCUUUGUUCAGAACAUCCUCAAGCUGUAUGGCAAGAUUCUAAAAGCCGCUGAAGCUAAAGAAGAUGAUCAGCUGAAGAAGGAAGUCCAUGCUCUACUCCAGGAAAAGUUGCCUGUUUUUAUCCAAAGUGGAGACUUGGAAGUGCAGGAAAGGGCUUGCAGCAUUUUACAAAUAGUAAAAUACAUUGUGAAAUUGGAGGAGAAGGGGGCAGCGGUGGCUGAUGAAGUAGAAGGAUUAUAUGCAGGGGAGUUAAAUCCUGUGGCACCAAAGGCACAAAAGAAGGUCCCACUUCCAGAAGGCCUUAACCUUGACAAAUGGAUCAACGAGCCUGUUGAAGAGAGCUCUGAUGAAGAAGUCGGAGGUACUGCGUUCUUCCUAACAACAGAUGACCAGCACAGAUCUUCUUAUCAAUAUGGGGAGGAUUCUAAACCUGCUUAUGAACCAACAGAGGAAGAGAUUGAAAAGAGAAGGGAGAUAAGAAAGACAGAAGUAGAACACAACCCUCACUACCUGAAGGAUGAUGGGAAGGGAAAGAAAAAAUCUAAAGCCAAAGAGGCAUUUGACACCAAAGAUAUACCAGUUGCUGAAAUAGACUUGUCCAUUCCUUUACAUGUCCCAGGCAUGUCAUCAUCAGACAAAUACAUGUUACUUCAACAAAAGGCAGAGCAAGCCAGAAAAGUUGAGAAGGAAAAGGGCAAGAAGAAGAAAAAGAAGGGGAAAAAGGGGAAACAUGCAGCGGAAUCUGAAGAUGAUGAUGAUGUCCCUACAGUACAUUCAGUUAGCACUGUGGUAGAUGCUCCAGAGGGAAUUGAUGUGUCUGAUAAUGAAGAUGAUAGAAAGAAAUCUGACCAGUACAAAGCUCUGGACAUAAAUCUUGAUGAGCCAUUGAGAGAUGAUGAAAUUCUACCUGUUAGAACACAUCAUAUAGUGCUUGAGACUUCUAAACCAGAAGGAUCACCAGAAAAAGAGAAAUCAAAAAAGAAACAUAAAAAAGAUAGGAAAGAAAGGGAGAAGAAAGGAAAGAAUGAGAAAAAGAAACGCAAGAAGUCAGAGACUAAAGAAAAUGGACCUUCCUUAUUGAUAACAGAAUCAAUGGAUGUUCCUGAAGUUAUCACAGAGUCCUCUAAAGAAGAGAUUAAAGUUGAAAGUGAAAAUAAAAUUCAGGAUUCUCCACAAAAAGAGACAAAAGAUGAUUUUACAUUUUGGCUGUCAACGGAUUCAAACAAUCCAAAUAGUCAGCCUAAAGAAGUGACACCACUUCAACUUCAGAACGGGUCAUCUCCUACCAAACCUAAGAUAGCUGUAGAAAAUGUUAUUUUAACCUCAGAGGAUGAAGAGCAAAUACACAAUGAAGAGAAAGUCAAAAAGAAAAAAGAUAAAAAAUCAAAGAAAGAAAAAGGAAAAGUCAAGAAGGAAAAGAAGAAAGAAAAGAAAAAAUUGAAAGACAAAAGAAGCGAGUAUGAAGAGGCAGAUGGAACAACAACACCUUCCAAAGAAACAAUCAGCUUGUCACAGCAGCCUACACCAAAUGACGUCAAAUUACCUCCUAUGUCAAGUUAUUUACCUCUUGCGCAAAACUCUGCAAUAAAACUGACCUAUGAAACCCGCAUCAACCAUCAGAGGAGUGAUCAAAUUGUUGUCUCUGUCGUGUUUACCAACCUUACAAAAGACACCAUUAAAGAUCUUGAGUUCAGUGUCUUGGAUACUCUCAAUACCAAACUCAUUCGAGGGAUGGGUCAAAAAACACAUGAUGCUGUCAAAGUACCGUUUGUUUUGUUACCUGAGGCCCAGAAUGAGGGACAGUUUGCAUUUAUGGUUGACAAAAUCAUCAUGCCUCAGAAAAUGAGAGGAACGUUAACAUAUAUUCUUAAGUCAUCAGAUGGAUCAACCCAUGAUAAAGUUGAUUUCAAGAUUAACUUACCUUGCAGUACAUAUCUUGUCACAACCGGUUGUAACAGUGAACACUUUGCAUCACUAUUAAGUAAUGGAGAACUUACAGAGAAAUCUUCAAUCAAGUUUUCCCCGACAGAUUCACAGCUGUCACAUCUGCUGGCUAAAACUUGCUUCUAUCUACAUUUCAGCGUUGUGGAACAAAUAGAAAACAGUGCCUCACUGUACAGUCGCUCAAUCCAGGGACACCCAGUGUGCUUACUAGUCAAAUUUAGUGAUGGUUCCUUAAACGUUGAGGGCAAAAGUUCAGACCAGACAUUCCUUGCCAACAUUCUAGAUGAUAUGAAAACAUUGCUCACACAAAACUCCUAACAUUGACUCUUGUGCUGCUGCACGUCUGUGAUAUUAGAUAUAGGAGUGCAUGCAAGCUUACAAAUCAUAUUCAUUUUCAAGUCUGGUGGUCUAGUGAAUGCAGUUUUGUUUUGGCUCAUUGAAGUGUCAGUUGUAGGAGCAGGUCUCGGAUAUUUCGUCGUAACUGUACUGUUAUAAGCAUCCUUUCCUCUAGUGUAUAAAUAAAACUGUAAUUAGAGUGAUGAUGUGCGUAUCGGUAAUAAAAUUUAUGUCCAUUUGGAAAAAAAAUCAGGAUUAUAUGUAUCACAAUCAGAUAUUGUCAAGUCAAAAUGUUUUUUUAAAAAUCCAAGUAUCAAUAAUUAUCAAAGUUUAGAAUUAGAAGUGUAUAUUUUGCUUUAAGCUGUAACAUUUUUAAAAAAUGAGAAUUAUCAUGGAAUAUUCAAACAUAGCCCUACGAAAUGUUUACUUUAGUGUUGAAUGAAAAUAGUUUUGUGAUAGAAAAGGUACAACUGUGAUGUAACAACUAUAACUUAGUGUUAAAUUCCUCCUGAUAACACCUUUGAUGAUAGAAUCAAACUUUAAUAAUGCAUUUCUUACAAAGGGUAUUUUAUCUCCCUAUCUCAACUCAUAUAGUUAUCUGUAAGCUACUACAUAGUAUGGAGAUUUGUUUGUGGUGGGAUAUAAUGGCUUAAAUUAGGGGAUUAAUGAAACCUUUUUUAGACCAUAUAACUUUACUUUCAGUUUAAAAUCAUGUGAAAAAGAUUAGCUUCUUUACAUCUUGCCAUUAAAAUAAAGGUAAUUAAAAAAUAAUAAAAAUAUCCAAUGCCAUAAAUAGUAGAACUACAAAAACAGUUUAAAUUGCAUUCAGCUUGUUUGAGCAGUGCCAGUCCAUAAAAAAUGACAUAUGCUAGAUCUAAUUGUCAUAAUCAGGAUUCCCUUUAUCUUUAGUGAGUGCAAUGUACAAAGACCUUUAUUUGUGCAAGUAAACAUUACAAAUUUCAGAAGCAAUUGAUGGUUCCUUGAAGUCGAAAAAUAUUUUUUUUUUAAAAAUGUUCAAACAUUCUGGAAUUGUGUAAGGAUGAUUAAAUGACCUUAUUUUAAACCAUGUUAAUAUAGCCAAAAGAUUUAAAUGUGUUUAGUUGCAAACAUAAUAUUCAAAAUAAUCUGUAUGCUCUACUGCAACUGCAUUUAAAUUUUUUAACCAAAAAAUCUUACCCUAAAUUAAUAAAUGUAGAGAUCUACACAUUCUAAUAUCUAUCAAGAAAAAGAUUUAGCUAUAAUUUUAGUUCAAACCAGAUAACAGCACUUUUCUUGUAAAAGUGCCUUUGGUAUACCAGGCUAUCUGUCACUCCUGCCCUUUUAGAAAGAAUAAAAUUGGAGCAGUAUAUGUUAAUCCUUUCCCACCGUCCCAUUAUUUUUCUAAAUGUAUAGCAUACUUAACAAA